CAAAAUCAUUCUCAUCCAACUCCAAGAAAGCAUAUAACUCACGAGAAAAUCAGCUCCAAGUUAUUCCUCUUUCCGCUGCUACUCCAGUUAUCGCUUCUGCCGACACUGCUAUUUGACGUCCUCGUAUAAAGGGCAACGAUCCAGAUUAACAGCUAGAAUCAUCAAUGGCAGACAACAGUGAAGCCGCAAAACCAAUUCCCAAAUUGCCACCGAAGCAGCAAGAAGUCAAGCUUGUACCCAAGAUCAUCAAUGGCGGUAUUGCUGGUAUCAUUGGCGUGUCGGUGGUUUUCCCACUGGACUUGGUUAAAACACGGUUACAGAAUCAAGUCGUGGGACCCAAUGGUGAAAAGAUGUACAAAUCAAUGUUUGAUUGUUUCAAGAAAACAUACAAUGCGGAAGGAUAUUUUGGAAUGUAUAAAGGAUCCGCUGUAAAUAUUUUAUUGAUAACACCAGAGAAGGCUAUCAAACUCACUGCCAAUGAUAUGUUCAGGCACCAUCUGUCUACAGGUCCAGGCCAACCUCUACCACUUCCUCGUGAAAUGUUAGCCGGUGGAUCUGCAGGUGCAUGCCAAAUAGUAAUAACGACACCAAUGGAAUUGCUUAAAAUUCAAAUGCAAGAUGCUGGUCGUAUUGCAGCUGCAGCCAAGGCUGCUGGUCAGCACAUUCCCAAGGUAUCAGCAUGGUCUCUCACAACAGAUCUUCUUCGUAAACGAGGUAUCCUGGGGUUGUAUCAAGGAACAGGUGCAACUGCCCUUAGGGACGUGACUUUCUCUGUCAUUUACUUCCCACUGUUUGCAAGAUUGAAUGAUCUUGGUCCUAAGAGAGAAGACGGAUCCUCUGUCUUCUGGUGCUCCUUCUUAGCUGGUUGUGCUGCCGGCUCGACCGCUGCCUUACUAGUUAAUCCAUUUGACGUAAUCAAAACGAGAUUACAAGCAAUCAACAAAGCACCCGGAGAGCCAACGUAUAAUGGCGUCCUGGAUUGUAUAGGAAAAACAUUGAAGAACGAGGGACCCACGGCAUUCUUUAAAGGGGGUGCUUGUCGUAUGAUUGUAAUAGCGCCAUUAUUCGGUAUCGCUCAAACCGUUUACUACCUCGGGGUAGCGGAGCGACUCAUGGGUCUCAAAUAAAAGCGUUGUCGACGUUUUCGUCGUCGUUCUAGAAAGUUACUCACGCUUGUGGGUCCGCGCGAGAAGCAGACAAUAAUACAAGUAUUUUUAGGAGUAAAGCUAAUUUCUAUUAUAUUGGGAAUCUCAGCACCAGUCUGGCCAUGCGACGACUGCUCGGUCGAUUUACAGAGAAAUGAGGGUAUCGACUGGAGACUCAGUUUCCACUAAAUAUUAAAUGACGACAGUGGGAAUUGUGGUAAGAAAAUAGAAAUGAAUCUUCCAGAUCAAGAAAUUAACUUCAACACUGGUUAUACACGCAGUGCUUCAGUAGCCACUUGAGGAAGAUUUUUUUUUAUAUAAACAUACUUUGCAAAUAGUAUCAUUUUGCUAGAAUAAUUUUUGUGUGGAUUGUAUUGCCACUAACAGAUGCUUAAUGCUUGUAUUUUCACAAACAUUCUUUUUGAGAAGUGGACUGUAAGUCUUGAUUUAUAACUAUUUUUAUUUGUGCCAUUAGUAAAUGAUAAGUGACGUUAAAGCAAAGCAAGUGUCUGCAAUGAGAUUCAAGAAAUUGUAGAUAAUUUUAAUCAGUGUCCACAGGCAGAUACCGAUUAUUGAAUUAAACAAGGAAGUGUUUAGAGUGUCAAUUAAAGUCGAAGGAAUUUUACUAGCCAGUCAAUUAACUAAAAGGUUGACAGCAUUCGUUAGAGAAACAAUUUACUUUAUGAAAAUGUUUUUUUUUUUUCAGUGAUCGAUAUACUCAGUAAUUCUCUAGCCAUCCAACCUAUGCAUUUUGUCUUUGUUACGAGUCCUACUAUUUCUACUCUUGAACACUUAUUAGACUUCAUCCGAUUAGCUGGAAUGAAUUUAAUGGAACAUCAAAGAAAAAGUAAUACUUAGAAUUUUUCGAUGAAAACACUGCCCUUAAUUAUCCUUUGAUAUUAGUAUAACCAAUAAUCUGUGCCCAAUCAUUGUCUAUCCACUGUUUAUAUAAACGAACAAUUACAUAUUUCAUAUCAGUACUUUCCAUUGCACUGCGAAAAUAUCUUGGCUCAACUUGCUGAAGAAGAAAAAACCAAGUCCAGUAUAUAUAAUUUCCUUAGUAAAUUCAUAUUCAACGACAUUAUAGAUAUUCAGACGUUUAUCCUCAGUGUCGCUCUCUUCCUCUCUCCCUUCGGUAUACGGUAUUUACCCAUUUUAUUUUGUAAUUUACUUUGUAAAUAGCUAUGCGCGCGCACUGCACGAUUAGGCAUAUAUGUAAGUUUUGAUGAAAUUUUAAGUGAACAGCGAACAAUUACGUGAAAAAAAAAGCUUUUAAAAGCGUAAAAAUGUCUAGCUCGAAAUUUAUGUUGCGCAAUCCUCGUUGUUCCUGUUCUCAUAGACGACAGAAAAUGUCAACCAAGAAAUUUAUCUGAACUCUAUAAUUAUUCCCUGCGAUGAUAUUAAAUUUCAAUAACGCCUUGCCUGCUAAUACUCAUCAAUUACGUUUACAAAAUCGUGUUUUCUCUUUUUUAACAAAAAGAUUAAUCUCAUCGACCCAUGCUCAAAUUCUCUUGUGAUCCAUCUGUCUCGAGCUUAUUCUUUUAUAAUAUAAUACCAUGUAUAUAAUGUGACCAUAAUUCACACAGUCAUGCGGAUUUUAGUUUUUCUUUUUAUAAUCAAUUUUAUAUAGUGCAGAACCUUUCGUUUAGGCGUAUCUUUUACUUUUGUGGUUAGAUCUUCUCUCGUGAAAUUCUUCUUCUCUUAUUAAAGAGAAAGAGUGCGUGGAAUAAAAAAGAAAGUAAAUAUUACCAUUAAACACAGAAAAUUACUUCGUUGACUGUGCGGACAGUAAACUGGUGUGUCGGGGUUGUAUUAUUUAUAUAUAUAUCCUAAUGUUACUAAUUUAUAAUAGUCAAAGGUAUAUAUUGUUGCGAGAAGAAUAUAAAUAAAUAAUGUUGUGUCAAUCGUCAAUGUAAUAAAAGAAAAUAUAUGUCCGGGUGUAUCAACGAUGGUUCAUACUGAA